GCCCGGCCUCCCGCGCUGGAAAGUUCUGGGGAGCCUCCCGGCUGGCCCGGCCCCCCGCGCCCCGGCCCGCCCCGCCGCUCUCUGACCCGCCCCGGCCCCCGCCCCCCGCACAGGCGCCGGGGACCGAGGCGCGCGAGAGCCCAGAACCAGCUGCGCCCCACCGGGGCCGGGACUCCAGUGUCCGCGCGGCACCAUGGCCUUCUCCCAGGUGCAGUGCCUGGACGACAGCCACGUCAACUGGCGCUCCAGCGAGGCCAAGCCCGAGUUCUUCUACAGCGAGGAGCAGCGGCUGGCGCUGGAGGCGCUGGUGGCCGACGGCCCCGACGCCUUCUACGCGGUGCUGAAGCGGGAGAACAUCCGGGACUUCCUCUCCGAGCUGGAGCUCAAGCGCAUCCUGGAGACCAUCGAGGUGUACGACCCGGGGUCCGAGGACCCCAGGGGCCUGGGCCGUCCCCGGGGGCCCGAGGAGGACGGUGUGGGUGAGGAUGAGGAGGCCAGAGCCGGGGACGGUGCCCCCCACGAGGCUGAGCCACCCCCCUCGCUGGAGUACUGGCCCCAGAAGUCGGACCGCUCCAUCCCGCAGCUGGACCUGGGCUGGCCGGACACCAUCGCCUACCGCGGGGUGACCCGGGCCAGCGUCUACAUGCAGCCGCCCAUUGACGGACAGGCCCACAUCAAAGAGGUGGUCCGCAAGAUGAUCAGCCAAGCCCAGAAGGUGAUAGCUGUGGUCAUGGACAUGUUCACUGAUGUGGACAUCUUCAAGGAUCUGGUCGACGCCGGUUUCAAGAGGAAGGUGGCCGUGUACAUCAUCGUGGACGAGAGCAAUGUCAAGUACUUCCUGCACAUGUGCGAGCGGGCCCGCAUGCACCUGGGGCACCUUAAGAAUCUCAGGGUGCGGAGCAUCGGGGGGACGGAGUUCUUCACUCGGUCGGCCACCAAGUUCAAGGGCGCCCUGGCCCAGAAGUUCAUGUUUGUGGAUGGAGACCGGGCCGUCUGCGGCUCCUACAGCUUCACGUGGUCAGCCGCGAGGACGGACCGGAACGUCAUCUCCGUGCUGUCGGGUCAGGUGGUGGAGAUGUUUGAUCGGCAGUUCCAGGAGCUCUACCUCAUGUCACACGGCGUCAGCCUCAAGGGUGUCCCCAUGGACAAGGAGCCCGAGCCUGAGCCCAUCUUGCUGCCCUCGGUGGUCCCUCUGGCACCCUCAGGCACCGUGGCCAAGAAGUUAGUCAACCCCAAGUACGCCCUGGUCAAGGCCAAGAGCGCCGAUGAGAUCGCCAAGACGUCCUCUGAGAAGCAGGAGGCCAAGAGGCCCCCUGGGUUGCGGGGUGCGGUGCUGGCCGAGCGGCCUGGGGACCUCCCGGAGCCACCGCUGCCCGUGCACCCAGGGCUGCUGAACCUGGAGCGCGCCAACAUGUUUGAGUACCUGCCCACGUGGGUGGAGCCCGACCCCGAGCCUGGCAGCGACAUCCUGGGCUACAUCAAUAUCAUUGACCCCAACAUUUGGAACCCCCAGCCAAGCCAGAUGAACCGCAUCAAGAUCCGCGACACGUCCCAGACGGGCGCCCAGCUGUGGAAGCAGAGCCGGGAGAGUGGCCUCUCUCCCAUGCCCACUGGCCCCCAGGACGAGGGCCUGGCCGAGAAUGGCCUCCCCCAGGGCGACCCCGAGCCACAGGCCCCCGUACCCAAGCCCCGGACAGUCCCUGUGGCGGACCUGCUGGCCCAGGAUGGCAGUGAUGCUGGGUGGGCCCCGGAACAACAGAAAGAUGAGACGCCUCAGAAUGGGACUGACCAUGGGCUGCCCAGGUCAGCAGGCCCCGGCCAUGCCCCACUCCAGCGGCAGCUGUCCAUGACCCAGGAUGACCCCAGCAGUGAGGGGGACGUGCUCCAUAAUGGGCUAGACCGGGAGGAGGAUGACGAAGAGGAGGAUGACGAUUACGUGACCCUCAGUGACCAGGACAGCCUUUCAGGCAGUUCCGGCCUCAGCCCCGGACCCCGGCGGCCCUCGCUGGCCUCCUCGUCUGUGUCUGACGAGUAUUUUGAGGUGAGGGAUAGCACAGCCCCUGCCCGGAGGCGCCACUCCGAGCAGGCUAACGGGCCCACCCCCCUGGCCCGCCGGCAGCUCAGUGCCCCCCACGUGACCCGAGGAACCUUUGGAGGGCCCCUGGGUGGCUCCCCGUGGGCCCAGGGCCAGGAGCGAGACGAGACAAGCACUUCAAGGAGGAUGCGGGGGCCCCGUGCUGCGGACAAGGAAUCACAGGGCCAGCAGCUUCACCAAUACGGAGUGUCCGCCGCAGGGACCCAGGACAAAGAGGGCUUCCCACGACCACUGAGGACCCCAGGACCCCCCCGCUUCCGCCCCACUGCUGACCGUGCCCAGAGUUCUGCCAGGAGAGUGGGCCCGGCCACGGCAGGCCCCGCCCACUGGCCGGCCAAGGGCGGGCCCGCGUCCCGCCCGCUGCAGGAUCCAGGGAGCCCUCGGCCAGCCCGCAGCCCCAAUACGCUGGCCGAUGGCCGGGGCCCUGAGGGGCACCUGGGUCCUUUCGGAAUCCCAUUUUCCAAACUGUCCCAGUCGAAGCACCUGAAGGCGCGGACGGGUGGCGGUCAGUGGGCCUCGUCUGACUCCAGGCGGAGGGCCCCGGCCCCCAGGGACCGCAAGGACCCCUAGGUCAGCCCUGCCCAUGGCCUCCUCUGCGCCCUGCACCCCAAGCAGCUGUCCCUGGAGGGGCCACCCGGAUCCCCUGCGCCUGUCCUGGGAGGCAGGUGGAGGCUGGGUGGCAGUGUGGGAUCGUACCUGGUCAGUGCACCAGUACCAGGUGGCCAUGAUGGUCAGACCAAAGGUCAUCCCCGUCCAUGGGAGGUCCCCUGUGUGGGGGUCUCGGAACAUGUGCAUGGCAUCUGCACGUGGCAGGUGGCAGGUCGUGUUGGCAAUGGUCCUGGAGGGCACGGCCCGGGCAUAGGCUUCCGCCAGCUGCUCGUAGCCCCCGAUCCGGUCGAAAGCUAGGGUAAGGGGGGCAGGGGCAGGUUAGCAGCCGGUGGCCCUAACUUCACCCCACUGCCCUCAUCUCACAAGGAAUUUCCUGAUGCAAACCUUGACCUUUGCCCCUUCACCUUUUCCUGUGUUGGAAAGGCCUGGAGGUAGAGGGUUCUUUAAAAACAGAUGAAUGCAGCUAUUUUAUUUGUA